GAGAGAGAUGUGCGCGUAAUCAUUUCUGGAGGAUACUUUCACCAAAACUGGAAGGAAAGUCCUUAGCAAUCAACUGAAGUGCUACAAAAAAAAAAAAAAAAAAAAAAAAAAAUUCGAAACCUUUAUUUUUUUUUCACCACUUACUUUUAUUAAAUUCGCACUCCACGCAUUCUUAUAAGAGUCUUAUUAAAUUCAUCAUCACUGGCACUGACAGGGCAGACCUCCGAGCUUCAGAUGGGAUAGACGUGGGGAGAAAGGAUGCGCCUUUUGAAGCACCAUCAGGUGGGUAAUGAUACUCACCCUGUGAUACAGAAUAACAUCUUUGAAUGAGCAGCAUAUUAACAAUUACGCGUCCAGCCUGACUGAAGAAUGGAAUACGGAGCUGCAGGGUGUAAAAUAAAUUCAACUACUACUGAAGCGCCGUGAAACCAGGCUGACUGAGCUCCUCCACUGGAUGUGGUGACCAUGGUCAAUGAAACCCUCCCCGUGUGGGACCUUAACUCCGAGGAUCACCUCCUCAACAUCAACGUGGGAGGCUUGAAGAGGAGCCUCUGUUCCAGCACCCUCAAGAAGUUCCCAGACACCAGGCUGGGCCGGCUGCUGUCCUGCGACUCGGAGGAGUCCAUCCUGCAGAUCUGCGAUGACUACGACGUGACGGAGAAGGAGUUCUACUUCGACCGGAACCCCGGCCUCUUUCCCUACGUGCUCCACUUCUACCAGACCGGGAAGCUUCACAUCGUGGAGGACCUGUGCAUCUUCUCCUUCUGCCAGGAGAUCGAGUACUGGGGGAUCAACGAGUUCUUCCUGGACAGCUGCUGCAGCUACCGCUACCAGGACCGCAAGCUGGAGAACCGGGACAAGAGCUGGGACGAGGAGAGCGACGUGAGCAGCAUAGACACCUCCGUCGACGAGAUCUCAGACCUGACUAAGGACAUCCUGCUGUUCCGGGACAUGCGCUGCGGAACUGUCCGCAAGCGCCUCUGGUUGACUUUGGAGAACCCUGGCUAUUCCAUCCCCAGCAAGCUGUUUAGCUUCAUCUCCAUCAGCGUGGUGCUCACCUCUAUAGCCACCAUGUGCAUCAACAGCCUCCCCGAGUACCAGGUGUUUGACGAGGACGGGACCGCGCUGGAUGACCGCACUCUUCAGAUCCUCGAGUACUUCUGCAUCUGCUGGUUCAGCUUUGAGGUCUUGGCCCGCAUGAUCCUGGCACCAAACAGGAAGAAGUUCUUUUUGAAUCCGCUGAACCUGAUUGACCUUGUGUCCGUGCUUCCUAUCUACUUCACCUUGCUCUUUGACCUGGCUGUGGGGAGCGAGUCUGGGAAACUGGGAAACCUGGGGAAACUGGUCCAGGUGUUGCGGCUCAUGAGAAUAUUCAGGGUGUUAAAGCUGGCGAGGCACUCCACUGGACUGAGGUCGCUGGGAGCUACAUUAAAGCACAGCUAUCGGGAGGUGGGGAGCUUGCUGCUGUACCUGGCAGUGGGGGUGUCGGUGUUCUCCGGCAUGGCAUACACUGCGGAGUAUGAAGAGGAGGUGGGUCUGGACACCAUCCCGGCAUGCUGGUGGUGGGGCACGGUGAGCAUGACCACGGUAGGCUAUGGAGACGUGGUGCCAGUCACCGUCGCUGGCAAGCUGGCCGCCUCGGGCUGUAUCCUGGGGGGCAUCCUGGUGGUGGCGCUGCCCAUCACCAUCAUCUUCAACAAGUUCUCCCACUUCUACCGCAAGCAGAAGGCCCUGGAGGCCUCCGUGAGGAACGGACACAGGAAGCCGCUGGAGCCAGGGGAGGACGAGUCCGAGGCGGAGGAGAUGGAGAUGGAGAGCCAGGGACUGGAGGAGGAGGGGGGCGACUGGGGGAGGAGCAGGGGAGAGGCUGCCUCCCCCCUCCCCUAGCGGCAGCAGCAGCAGCGGCUCAGCUUUGUAGCUCCGUUCAUGAAUGGUCUUUAUUCAUCUUGAACUCGACUCCACUCGCUCACUGCUAGGCAGCGUGCUUUUGACAGUUUUUAGGCAGCGUGCUUUUGACAGUUUUUAGGCAGCGUGCUUUUGACAGUUUUAGAAGAGUACUUAGUAAGGUAUCUGCAGUGUACUGAAGUUGACUAACAUUACAAAUCGCUGAAUCCUAACCGCUCUUAUGCUGCUUAACACUUCGUUCUGCUGAGAAGGACAGAUUUUGCAUUUUGUUUGAAAUAUUUAAGGGCUUUUACACACACGCUAUAGCUACUGGCACAUACUUCUGUAAUCCACUGCCGGCAAAGCUGCUGCUCUGGAGCACUAAACACACACACCUGCAUCAGUUAAACCACAUUGAAUCUCUACAGCACUGAACACACACACCUGCAUCAGUUAAACCACAUUGAAUCUCUACAGCACUGAACACACUCACCUGCAUCAGUUAAACCACAUUGAAUCUCUACAGCACUGAACACACACACCUGCAUCAGUUAAAACACAUUGAAUCUCUACAGCACUGAACACACACACCUGCAUCAGUUAAACCACAUUGAAUCUCUACAGCACUGAACGCACACACCUGCAUCAGUUAAACCACACUGAAUCUCUACAGCACUGAACACACACACCUGCAUCAGUUAAAACACAUUGAAUCUCUACAGCACUGAACACACUCACCUGCAUCAGUUAAACCACAUUGAAUCUCUACAGCACUGAACACACACACCUGCAUCAGUUAAACCACAUUGAAUCUCUACAGCACUGAACACACACACCUGCAUCAGUUAAACCACAUUGAAUCUCUACAGCACUGAACACACUCACCUGCAUCAGUUAAACCACAUUGAAUCUCUACAGCACUGAACACACACACCUGCAUCAGUUAAACCACAUUGAAUCUCUACAGCACUGAACGCACACACCUGCAUCAGUUAAACCACAUUGAAUCUCUACAGCACUGAACACACACACACCUGUAUCAGUUAAACCACAUUGAAUCGCUACAGCACUGAACACACACACCUGCAUCAGUUAAAACACAUUGAAUCUCUACAGCACUGAACACACACACCUGCAUCAGUUAAAACACAUUGAAUCUCUACAGCACUGAACACACACACCUGCAUCAGUUAAACCACAUUGAAUCUCUACAGCACUGAACGCACACACCUGCAUCAGUUAAACCACACUGAAUCUCUACAGCACUGAACACACACACCUGCAUCAGUUAAACCACAUUGAAUCUCUACAGCACUGAACGCACACACCUGCAUCAGUUAAACCACACUGAAUCUCUACAGCACUGAACACACACACCUGCAUCAGUUAAAACACAUUGAAUCUCUACAGCACUGAACACACUCACCUGCAUCAGUUAAACCACACUGAAUCUCUACAGCACUGAACACACACAUCUGCAUCAGUUAAACCACAUUGAAUCUCUACAGCACUGAACACACACACCUGCAUCAGUUAAACCACACUGAAUCUCUACAGCACUGAACACACACACCUGCAUCAUUUAAACCACAUUGAAUCUCUACAGCACUGAACACACACACCUGCAUCAGUUAAACCACAUUGAAUCGCUACAGCACUGAACACACACACCUGCAUCAGUUAAAACACAUUGAAUCUCUACA